AUGGCGACAGAGGAAGAUUCGACAGAGGAGAUCGUUGAAAGGUGCGCUCGUCUCCUGUUGUCUGACAGCUCUAAGGCGCUGAUCGGCACCACAAACUUCUUUGAGAAGCUGUCCAAUAAUCGCAACCCGCGGAGUCCCUCGUCGGAAAACAGACUCUCCUGUCUGCUUCAGGAGCUCCUGGCGUUCAAGCGGGGCGCGGUUGUCGACCACCUUCUGCAACAGAUUGAAUUAUCAUCUCCAGAUUUGGAUGGCAGUAAAGACGUUGGACUUAGAAGGUUAUACUUGUGCAAGAUGAUCGUGGCUCUCAGCGAGAAUGAGGCCGUUGCAAAGUACUGCGUGAAAGAGAAGCAGAAAGCUCGCAAUAUUGCUAGGGCGCUUCUGGACGCUCAAGCUCAUCUCUUGCAAGUGAUUCCGGGUCAACUGCGGGGAAAAGGUUGCCCACUCGAUCAAUCGCUGGGAGUCAAUGAACAAGGCGGAGAAAAGUACGUGUACCUGAACCUAGCAGUGGAGAACAUCAAGGGUUUUGCGAACUUCUGCUAUGCUUCGAAGACCUUCCGCCUGGCACUGCAAGCAUCCGAUGACUUCUUCCCUGGUCUCGAAAGGCUCCUUGCUCGCAGUACAACAAAGCACGCGAGCGCGCAGCUUCUGGAAAAGACGGUGAAGAGCUUUCUGAGUCUGAUGCAGGCCGUUUGCCGCUUUGAAGAUAGCCAGGACUGGGCUGUCGACAAAAGGAUAAUCAGAAUCCACGCAGAGCUCAAUAGACUUCUGAUGAUGGACGGGGUGACUGAAAGUUUUGUCGGGGACUUCCAAACAGUCGCGGAAGUCGUGGGCGGGUUGCAGUGUCCAACCAGCAGGGAUAUGCGCAAACGUCUUGCUGCAUCUGGCGAUGAGCUUCGGCAGUUCGACAGGCGGAUAAGAGAUACAAGGGAUCCGCGAAGCGCAAAGAAGCUGCGCGAGCAGUGGCUGGAGACGGCCAAAGCAGACGUGCUGCCAGCCAUGACGCCGCUGCUGGGAGCGAGCCUGGGGAGAAUGCCCGGCUUACCGCCAGGUCUGGUCCAAGAUGCUGUCGAAGAGGCAGCGAAAGCCCUCAGAUGCAAAAAGGGCGGCUCCGGGUCCGCGCCAAUUGUGUGCUCCUGGGAGCGGUGCAACAUUGGCUCGGUCGUCCAGGCAGGCAGGCCGUUCAGCAAGUGCGCCAACUGCUCGCUCGCUUUCUACUGCAGCAAGGAGCACCAAAAGCUCCACUGGGGGAUCCACAAGAAGCAGUGCAGGGCCCAAACGUCCGAUUGA